CUCAGCCUCCCUCCCGUCCUCCUCUCGGUGAUCUAUGGGCGGUUGUCAACUCAUUCAGAACUGGUGACACAUUUACUCAACACGCUCCCGGGAGGAGGGGAGGGGGGUUCACUCGAGCUCUGCCGUGGUAUCCGAGAUUAGCUGACAGUAGCAACCUCUCCCAAGUCCAAGUCUGCUUUCUCCGAAAGCGUUAUAGUUGUACAAUGAGUCAGAUCGCCCAGCUACCUUGACUCCCCCUCAAAAGGACCCUCAGCCGCACAGAGAAGAAGAAACUCACGCCGACUUCCGGGGAAGUGUUGUAUUUUGGAAAAUGUUUUUUUAGACGACAGUUUGUGUGUGUGUUUGUGUGUGUGUGUGUGUUGUACGAGAGUUGACGUGACGCCGCGGUGGGGCUGGCUUUCAUAAACGGAUAUGAUAGAAGAGCGCUGAAUGCACCGGAGCAGCAGCGGCGGCAGCAACAGUCAGCGCUGACCAUGGCGGAAGAGGACGACGCUAGGAUUCGGGUUUUACAGAGUCUGCGGGGUAAAAUAUGUGAAGCCAAGAACCUGGGUCCAGUUUCGGGUCCAAACCGGCUAAAGGAUCUCUGUACAUUUUGCACCAUAAGUCUGGACCAGGAGGAAGUAUUUCGCACCAAGGUGUUUGACAAAAGCAUCACUCCUUUUUAUGGAGAAGACUUCUUCUUUGAGAUCCCGCGGCCAUUUCAGUUUUUAUCCUUUUAUGUUUAUGCUAAGGGCGUUUUCCAAAGGGACCUACCUGUUGGCAAAGUGUCGAUCCGGAAAGAUGAUCUAUGUAAAUACAGCGGAAAGGACGACUGGUUUAACCUCCAGCCCGUAGAUCCUAACACAGAAGUUCAGGGUAAAGUUCACCUGGAGAUGCGACUGAAUGAAGUGAUCACAGAUAACGGCUCCACCGGUCAACAUUUACUAGUCAAAAUAAUUGAGUGCAAAGAGCUGCCUUUGAUCAGUGGCCAGAACUGUGACCCAUAUGCCACCGUGUCUCUCGUCGGACCUGCCAGGUCGGACCAAAAGAAAACAAAAGUAAAGAAGAAAACCAGCAAUCCAUAUUUUGAAGAAACCUUUUUCUUUGAGGUCACACGGUCCAGCAGUGGCUCCAAAAGGUCUUUCCCUGUGGAGGAGGAGGACAUCGAAAAGCUUGAGAUCAAGGUGGAUCUGUGGAACAAUGAAAACCUGGCUCAGGACGUGUUCCUCGGAGAAACGAGGGUUCCCGUCAAGAUCCUCCGAAGCGACCACAUCCACAAAGCCUGGUAUCUCCUCCAGCCUAAAGGGACAGGCAGCAAAUCCAAGUCUGAUGAUUUAGGACAACUGCGUUUGAAGCUCACCUACAUUGAAGACACGGUGCUGCCCUCUGCCUGCUACACACCUCUCUGCAACUUGCUGCUCAAAUCCCCCGAUGUGAAGCCCAUCUCGGCAUCGGCAGCGCACAUCUUGGGGGACAUCUUCAGAGAGCGAUACGAGGCCGUCCUGCCCAUGGUCCGGCUGCUGCUCUACCACAAUCGUUUUGUGCCUUUCGUCUCCGCCGUGGCAGCCCUGGAGCUGGACAACACUCAGGAGGCUAACACUAUAUUCCGAGGCAACUCGCUGGCGACUCGCUGCAUUGAUGACAUGAUGAAGAUCGUGGGAAAGAGUUACCUGGCCGUUACCCUGAAGCCUGUCAUUGAUGAGAUUUGUGAAUCCAACAAAACAUGUGAGAUAGACCCCAUAAAACUAAAGGAAGGGGACAACGUGGAGGUCAACAAGGAAAACCUUCAGGUUUACGUCCAGAAGGUUUUCUCCUCCAUCACCCAGUCCAGCUCCAACUGUCCCCCCCUCAUGUGUGACGUCUUCAGAUCUCUCAGACACUUGGCCUGCAAACGUUUCCAAGGCGACCCACAUGUUCAGUACUCGGCUGUGAGCAGCUUCGUGUUCCUGCGCUUUUUUGCCGUGGCCGUUCUCUCUCCUCACUCGUUCCAGCUCCGAUCUCAUCACCCUGAUCCUGAGAUCGCCCGCACACUCACUCUCAUCUCAAAAACUAUUCAGACUCUCGGCAGCUGGGGGAGUUUGUCUAAAAAACUGUCCAGUUUCAAAGAAAGCUACAUGUAUGACUUCUACAAGUCAUUCCAAGAAGAAAAGUGCAUUGAAAAAGUUAAAAAGUUUCUUGAUGAAAUCUCCUCCAACGUGAGCAAAGAGUCCAGCAGACAGGAGGACGCUGUGGUUCUGAAGGAGGGGGAAGUACAGAAACGGACUCAAGGGAAAAAGAACUUCUCCAAGAGAAACUUCAAGAAGCGAUGGCUGAGGCUGACCAACAGGGAGCUCUCCUACCACAAACGUAAAGGGAAAGAGGCCCUCUGCACCAUCAGCGUCAAAAACAUCCAGGCGGUGGAGAAACUCGAUGAAAGUGCCUUUAACCGCAAAAAUAUGUUUCAGGUGGUCCUCUCAGAGAAGCCGUUGUAUGUCCAGGCAGGAAACUGCGUGGAGGCCAGUGAGUGGCUGGAGAUCCUGGGUCAGGUCAGCCGCUGCAACGAGGGACGCUUGACCACUUACCAUCCGUCAAAUUACGCCACCGGAGCGUGGCAGUGCUGCAAAAACCAGAGUAGCAACGCUCCAGGCUGUAAGCCUUGCACAAUCACCAUGCUGGCCAAUCUGCAACUGGACAUCGACUGUGACCGGGAAGCGGAGAGGAUCUUCUCCCUCCUCUCUUCUAAUGAAUCCAAGCUCCAAAACAUGGAAGAUGCCUGUGCCAGCAUGGCGGUGUACCAGGGCCCUCAGAGGGAGCAGGAGGAAUACUCCAAGUUCACCAUUCAGGAACCCAAAGAGACGUUUCGCACCCUCAAGCAGCUCCGAAACAUCAUGGAGGAGCUGCGGACCCAGCACAACAGCAGGAAUACCAGCACGGCACAGUACGGAAGCAUUGACAACCCCAUAGUGGGGAAAACCUCUUAACCUGGGCGGGUGGGCGCGACCUGAAACAGCCCCGCCAGCAGGGGUCAGCGCCCCACAGAGGACCUGGAAAAAAAAAAAAAAGCCCAUGAAGAUGUCCCAGCAAGUGACGAGGAGAAUGAUACACACCCUGACCUCCACACAUGUUCAGUCCACUAUGAAUGAACCUUUUUUUUUUUUUUUUUUAAUUCUAGUUUGUUUUGGCUGCACUGCAGACUAAUUCUUGAUGUAUCCACAGAGGCAUCACUAGAUGGUGUGUGAAUAGGCUGCUACAUAUAAAUAUAUAUAUAUAUAUAUAUACAUGUGUGUAUUUUUUUAAAUUUUACAGUUUUUUUUUUUUUUUAUCAACAGCUGUGAUGAUGAUCACUCCCUCCUUGUUUUGAAAUAUUUUGAAACCUCAGUUCAUUAACAAUCCUCUCUCGGGAGGAUCGUCCUCUUGUUUGUGCCCCUUAAAUCUUUUAGUGUCCUUCUUCUUCUGAACAAACGUGUGUUUAUAAAAAACCAAUCUGCCUUACUGAUGGAGAUUUCUUUCACAUUUAAUACUGAGGAAAUAAUGCAAACGCACUUUAAAUAUUUGGAGCUGUCCGAAUGGAAAUGAUUAGAUACUUGGUAUCAGCUUUAUGAUCAUUACAUGAUCCUGAGUACAUAUUUUUGUUUUCUUUGUUUCACUCCUGUACAAUAACGUUGAAUGCCUGUUAAAUAUAUAUAUAUAUAUGUUAAGAUAUUUUUGUCAACCAAAGGCAAUCUCUUGUACUUUAGUGUAUAUGUAUUUUGUAUACAAACUGUUAAAUUUGAGACGGAAUAUAAAUAUGUUUGUGUUCAGUUUGUUUGUCCGGUUUGACAUCUCCUUUCUGUUGACCUAGGGCCGAGCAGUUUGCAUGCAUUCAGUUCUGAAUGUGGACGGCAUGACCGUGGUGACGAGUUGUAUUUCCUUGUGAUUGUGAACUGUUUUUUUUUUGGUACGGCGUACAUACGUCCGGUCUGUGCUGUUCAUGUUCAGACGGCUCCCCUCAUCUCUAAAUUAGUCCGACAAUCGCAGCGACAGCGCCCACUUCAUGCUCGUCUUUCACACCAGCAGCACUCCGCAGCGCCAGCUGCUGUGCUUUUUAUUAUUUAAAUUUUGUUAUUUGAUUUUUUUUUUUUUCGUUUUAAUGCACCAAACUGGAGCUUGAAGUUAUAAAUGAAACAUUUUCACAGCAGCUCCCUGCCAGAGAAGGUUGUAAAGGGUCUUAAAAAAAACAAAAAUCUUGAAGAAAACCUGCAUUAAUCGGUCCUGACUCUACGAGUGACUCCAUCGUACGCGCCCCCACCUUGUCUCCCUUCCUGCAGUCACUGCUCCACCCGUACAAACGAUGAAGAAAAAGAAACUUGAAUUUGUUUUAACAUGUCGAACAUUUGAUGUUGAGAGUACAGGGUUAACCACUUCUUUGUACGUAUGCAAAUAGCUUGUUCUUGUCUGAUUUUAAUUUCUAACAUGCAUGUUUUCAUUAUUUAACAAUUUUAUUUUCCAAGAUAAAAAGGUUUUGUAUCUGUUUUGUAAACACUGAUUUGAAUAUGUUGCUAUGCUGGUACAUAUCUCUCUGCUUAAACAGCUUUUUUUUUUUUUUUUUUUUUUUUUAAGCUGCUGCUGUUUUGCAUUCGCCUGCGACAUUUCCACUUAACGGGAGUUUAAUGCUAACUUUUUUUAUUUCAAUUCAGCUUAUAACCAAAUGACCUUCCUAAAUGAAGCUAAAACACAACUAUGAAAUUAUUUAUCUGAAGAUUUUUACCUAAAAUAGCUUUGUUUGUUUGUUUUUUUCAUCUAAAUAAGGGAACUUUCUCAAUUUUAUUUAUUUUUUUAUUUGUGGUUGCAGAAAUAAAAAAUGUCAGAAUGCAGAGCAGCAUGCAGGAGCCAGGUUUAUCUUAAAAUUUGACUGGGCUAAAAGGGAAAUUAUUUACUUCUGUUUGAUAAAUACCUCCCAUUAAGCUUGUUUUUGAUUUUAAAACUCAAAUCACAUACGAGAUGUUUCUGAGCACUUUGUUUUAAGGACAGAACAAAUGAGAGUUUCAGUCGUUUUAACCCAACAAAAAUACGAACAUUUCCUUCCAGUCAGCUCUCACUAAAGGGAGGAAACAAAAGGCAGGAUCAUCUGAAGGGACCAUUUGAUUAUGUGUAUUUAUUUUAAGUUUUGAUUUGACUUAGAUUUUUCUAUUCCAGCAUCCAGCCAGUAGUUAAAACAAGAGAUUAUUUACACAUAUCCCCAACUCCUCUCUGAAUGUUCAUUCUCAGUUUGUUGUCUGGUUUUAUAUUAAUAGAGUAAUGUAUUUUGCAUUUAUGGUCCAUUUUUGUCUGUUCGGAAUAAACACUUUGCCAACAGUU